AUGAAGAGUUUCGGCAUCAGCAACGUCAUGUUCAUGGAUCCCCACAACGACACGCCAUUUUUCAAGCGAAUUCUGUUCAUGCUCUGCUAUCGCAAGUCCAUGAGUAAGAUGAAAUCAGACUUCAUCAGCUACGUUUACAGCAACAAUCCGCAAAAGGUCGAUUCUAUUGUUCGUAAGUUGAGUUUUUUCAAUUGCGCUCCUAAUUUUAGUGACAAACAACUUGCACUGGAUAUUGCAAUCUACAAAAACAGUCUCGGAAUAGUGGAGCUUCUGAUAAACAUGAAUGUUGAUGUUAACUUUCCGUCCAGACGUAACAGAACAGAAGAACUUCCUAUCACAUAUGCCAUGAGAUUGAAACAUUACGACAUCGUCGAGUUGCUAUUGGAUGCUGGUAGCUUCGUUGAAAUACGCUCCUCGAAUUAUGAAAAAUUCACAGCUUUGCACUAUGCCUGCAUUGAUGGCAACUACUACUUCGCAAAGAAAUUCAUCCAAAGAGGGGCUGAUGUGAACAGGGGGACAGAUAAAGGGCACACCCCUUUGUACUAUGCUACAAUCAACGAUCACUGUCAACUUGCCUUUUAUUUGGUGCUUGAGGGGGCCAGUGUUAACUUCACAAUCAAGAGAAAUCGUGUACUAAGAAAGGACGAUAUAACAAAUUUUUACAACUUUUUAAUCAAGCUGUUGUCUAUUUUUCAGCUAGAUGUCAAUUCAAUAAAUGAAAUGAACAGAAAUGUUGAUACUGGAAUGGUCCAAACUGUUUCCUCUAAUGAUUUGUGCCACUACUCUGAAAGGAUCAGCUCAACAUUCAGUGAAGAAACAAAAGAGCUGGCUUUAGAGAAGAUAAAAUCACAACUAACUCCCAUGAAAUUAGCUGAAUGUUUAGUGGAUGCUCAACUCUUACAAGAUAAUUUUGUCACUGAUUUGUUAAUUUCAUUUGGGACUGAUGUGAACUACAAACCAGAGCACGGCAUCAACAUUCUCCUGAAAACUAUAAAAACACAAGAUUGGCCGAGGUUUAACGUGAUAACAUCUAUGAAUGAAACCAUUUUGAAUGAUUUCGAAAUUCCUGAUCAAAAUCCACUUUUAAAUGCAUUGAAAUUAAAUGACUUCUACAGACAAGGCAUGGUUCUGCUGAUAAAAUGUGGUGACGCUGGAAGAAAAAAUCACAACGUAAAAUCAAAAAUUAUCCUACAAGCCCUCCAAAUUAAAAAUUUAGACAUUUUAAAACUUUUAUUUCUAUCAGGAUUUCAAAUCUAUCGCAAGAAGUAUCAAAUCAGAGCAGAUAUCCUAUGCCGAAUAACAAUAUUUGAAGAGUCUGUACAUCUCAACGAUUUAAAGAAGUGCAAAGACUGGCUGUCAUGUAAAAAGAGGGAGGGGCUAACUUUGAAAGAACAUUGUAGAAUAGUUAUUAGGCAGUCCAUUUCUGAGCAUAAUGGUGGUAGGUCAGUUUUACCAUAUCUGGAACAACUGUCUUUGCCUAAAAUUUUGGUUCUAUACUUGAAGUUCUAUGAUUUAACAUGUGUUCAGAAGUUCUUUGAUAGGCAUAUAUUGAAGAGUAAUUUUAUUUUUACAAUGUGA